UCUGACUCUUAUUUCCGCAAACCGCCUCCGCUUCCCCCAACAGGUCAACUGGAGACGAGCGACACGGUGGCUUUUGUUCUGUUCCUGUAUCUGAGCCACUUUUGUUUAAAAGGAUUUUAUAACCAUCUACUUAUGAGCGUCUACUCAUCACUCAGAGGAGAUGCCAUUGUGAGGACAGUGCGUAGUUAAACCCCCCGCCCACCAAGACGUAAAUGGUUUAGCUGGGUCUUUGUGGUGGUUGCACGUUUUAAAGCUUAUAAGGAACCAAAUGAUUAGAUCUCGAAUGGACUUGCGGGUUGACGAUCCACUUUUUACACUUCAAAAGGCUUUUUUGCCUCAUACUUUCCAGAUCACGAGGCCUCAGGUUGUGGCGCUUUGAUCACUGGUGUUUUUUGUUGUUGUGCAAAACACAUUUUAAAGUAGGGUUUAAAAUAUUUGGGUAUUUCACGUUUUUCAACUUCGUGUCUCGACCACCAGCGGAUAUAAUUGGUUUGGAGUCAUGAAUUUGAUCAUUUGGCAGUAUUUUUAUCCUUAACGCUGGGUUUUAUUUGUGCAUCAGUAUUCUGACUUUUCAUUUUAAAUGUGGGAUAGAAAACCUUGUUUUGGGGCUUUAUUUAAGUUUAAGUUCUUUGAUUUUAAAGUAACAAAACAAGCAGGUCACUAACAAAUCGAACACACCCGAGUGAAACGGCAUGAUAUAGCCGUGGUCGUUAUUGGUCAUCGGGCUCUUUUUACCUUUUGGAGAAAUAUUAAUAUUGAGUUUUAGGAAAUGUUUAAAUUUUUAUAUUUUUACCAUCUUACUCGGUGAAAGAGGGCACUGAACGUCAUGCUUUGUUCCAAAAGUGCAGGUGUUUGAUUUCUAGAUACUCGUAUUCAUGACUGACCUCGCUCAAACUCAUAUUUCCUUUGAGGGAAUGACUAAGCAAAAAUCCCGGUGAAUAGCACUGCAUGAAUGCUGCCUCGGCUUUUAACGGUAUUGCGUUGCACCCUUUGAGUUGUGUCGUUACCCCUUACCCACUAAUAGUUCUGAGGAUAUUUCAGUUGUUGUGCUUGAAAUAGACUAUUGAUGCAGCAAUAUAUUCAUUUCUAUAUCGGUAUCCAAUCACAAUAUAAUCUUAACGUCUUUGUGAUCGUUCAACUGUUUUCCGUACAACCUGCUCCCCCUGGACUGUAAGGUAAUGCUGCUGAAAGCUGAGGCAUUAUUGAGGAAAGCUGAAUGUGAACACAUGACCUUGCACUAGUGUGGGAAUUCAUGGGAUACGCCUUCUCCCAAGUUUCGGUCAAGUGCCUAGAGCCACUCUUUAAAGCUACGUUCCCCAGAAGUCCAAGAGUCAUGAUGAAGGCCUGUGGUGAAAGGUGCCCCGUUCGAGCUCCAGGCAUAUUGAUUUUUGGCCUGGUCUUGACCGCUUGCGGCUGGAUCUUGGACCUGACCAGCAUGUUGGCGCCAAACUGGCGCACCAUCCACAACAUCACGGGAGAAGAUCCGGAUCUGAUCUUGUUCCAGGGGUUAUGGGACAUCUGCAGCUACCACACCUCAUCGGAUGUCGUUUGUAAAGAAGAGGACGACGAAUAUUUCGAUCACAGAGUCGUAGGGACUGCCCAGAGGAUGAUGGCCGGGUCCCUGGUUAUGACCCUGAUCGGCCUGGCCGUCGCGGCCAUUGGGGUCCGAUGCUGGACUGUCAAGCCGACGUGGACGGGCGUAUGCCUCGGUGGCUUCGUUAUAGUCUGUUCAGGGCUUCUUGCCAUCAUGCCUGUCGCAUGGUAUGGCUACCUUCUGAACGACAUCGAUUCACCAUCAGAGGAAAUUCGCAUAGGUUACUGCAUUUUUCUGGGUUACUUGGGGGGCAUCAUGGAAGUCCUUGGAGGGUUCUUCCUUUUUGUUGCCGCGUGGCAUCACAGCGAGAAAGGCCAUGAAACUGAAACUUCGCCACAGCUAGCAACCACUUGGAACCCUUGGCAAAUCACGGUGCCUGAUGUAAGUGGAGGUGUCGGCAAUAUACUGAACAGCAUUCCGAAUGGCAGGGAUUCCCAGGAGGACAAAAUGUAGCCAGGAUGACUGUCCACUUGUAUGCUUGACAUUCAGGUUAAGUGACUAAGUUUGGGUGCCUGAUUGUAGAUCGACAUUUCCACUAGAAGACUCAAACUGGAGUAUUAGAGGCUAGAUCGAGUAGAGAUUUGGACUUUGUCUGCUGAAAAACAUUAGACGUGUGAUCAAAGUCUUAACCCAAACAGCUAACGCUGGGAGUCGAUCCCAAAAAGAAUAUUCUUUUAUUCUAGAUGUUCAGAAAUUGGGAGUUGGCUCAAGUUCUGGUCUCAAAUCUACAGUGACCUUCCCACACCUGCAAAACAAAGGGCUGUUCUGUAGGUGUACAAACGGUGCAGCCUUCCACAACUUUCUCAUUGGUAGUCUUCCCUCAUUUUACUUUAGACAAAGUGGGAAAACAAAGUAAAAUUUAUGAAGUACAAAAUUUGGUUUUCAUUAAAGUAAAAAGUGCCAACCCAUGCAAAAGAAUCUGGCGCACCUUAGCCAGUCUGUUAGUGGAGUCCGUUUGGGUAGUGCUGGCUUUAAAAAAGGUCAAGUAUAAUUAAUAUUGUACUCAAAGUUUGACCGAUGUCAAGUUUUUGGAAUUGUGUGGAAUCGACUCUUAAUUCUGGUCACUUGGAUUGGGAAUAGGCAUUGACACAUCUGUGGAACGGAGCAGCACCUAGAAACCCUCUUUGCUGAGGGUGUAAAGAUUUUAAUACAGCAGCAAAAAGAAUAUUCUGGAGAUGUAAAGCACCAUCAAUCACAGAAACUGGGCAUCUGGCAGACGCCACGCUCAAGACUGGGGUUAUUUUAUUGUAGUUUGUAGGUUUUGGGGAUUCUGUUUGGGCGGUGAGGCACUGAAGGUUCUGUCUGAAUUGUAGAAUCAAAUUUAAAAUAUCAGCCUGAACCUAAAAAUGCUUGACAGUCCUGCUGUUUGCAUGUGUGACUAAAACUUGAGUUUGUUCCAUGCAGAGUUAGGAAUUUCCUAUGACCGCUUGGAGUCAUCACAAUGUGGGAAUCGAAGAUAUUGUGAACCUUGUUUUCCCUCAGUACCUCUUUUCAGAAUUACAUUAGUUCAUGUUGGAGAACUUGAUACUUUUAAGGUUUUCUGUACUUUAUCAGUUUAAUAAAAUAACGUUCUUGAGUUAUAUUGGCGGUCAUAGUCCACAAGUGAUUUGGAGGGUACCUUUUAGUAAUGCAGUAGGCUUUUUGAUGACCACUUAAAUAUGCGUUCAUUAAAACGUACUUCUGUUAUUCAGUGUACUUCUGGUGUGGGAUUUUUAAAAAAAAUUCAACUAACCUUUUUAUAUUUUGGUACGUUUUUGUAUGAGGCUUCUUUCGGCCGAGAAUUAUGAACCUGGGUCAAAUUUUAUUUUUAAAUGUUGAGUUUCUUUCUAUGGAUGACUGCAAUUUGGUGGCACAAGUCAUUUGCUUUUUUUUGCAUAUGAAAAAUUCACGUUGAGUAUUUUAAAAAUUUGAUUUAACGUUUGAACAAAAUUGAACGAAGUGGUAGGUGGGCGUUAUUGAGCAGGAUAACUUUUGAUUUUUGGGUUUUAUUUGCUAUAAAUGAAGUAAAUCUGCCCAGUAGUGCUCAAGUUAUUAGGGUGUGAUCCCACCAUCCAUUAGUUUUUUGGGGUAUUUUUUCCAGAACACCAAGCGUUGAAGGUGUUGGAACCGUAUUGUUUUUGCUCAGAGAUUUGGUAAUACUUUUCCUUUGAGAGUGUUGUGGAGGAAGUUAUUCCAGACACCAGUCUUGUAAGGUAGAUUUGUGUGAAUCUUCCCUAGCAAGCAAAGAGAUGACAGUUGGCCUGAUGGUGGUGCAAUGGAGCAACAUGUCAUGUUAUUUCCCCACAUCACAUGAACUUUCAGGGUUUUUUGGUUCCAUCUGAAUCUCUUAAUUCCACAAAAUGCUCACUGCAGCUAUAGCUCUGCCCCAAAACCUGCAUCCUAAUUGGUAAGAUAUGUGCAACAGUUAUUUGUGUUUGGUUUAUUUUUUUUAAUAUAAAUUAAUGUUUUUUUUUCAUGAUGCCUCCACAAUAUAUAGGGAUCAAUGUUGAGUCUAUAGGUCAAGAAUUAUCAAAAAGCUUAGUAUUUGUCAACAGCAUAGCUGCCAUACUAAAUUUAAGCCCUCAGGGGUGGAGCACAGUUUACGAAAAUGGCUAUAGAUCAGGAUUGCUUGGUUCAACUCACACCAAACUGUAUAGUCUUGUACGCAACAUGACUUUGAGGAAGCCCACCAAGUUUGUGGUCAGUCAGUCAAUAGGGGCUGGUGCUGCACAAAAACUCAGCUGCUGUUCGUCUGAGUGGAAAUUUUGCAAGCUGCGUUUUUGCAACUUAACGGACAAAUCAGAUUUCAGCAGGGCUUUGACUUGCUUGGUGUUGGCCAGUCAUCACACAAUUUGAUGUAUAUGUACAUAUAGGCGUUCUCUUAACACCCUAAAAAACUAUCAAUAAUUUGACCAUAAAACCAGAAGACUUGCGUUAACUCUGUCAUACUAGGAGUAAAAUAAAAAUUACGUCCUUUUACUGCAUUUUAAAAAAUAUAUAUAUAAAUAAAUUGGCAGCCAAAUUUACCAAAUGUGUUUUUCCACUCAGUAGCCAAAUCCAACACAUUCAUGAGCUGAACGUUACCAAUGAACACACAACAAUUUUGGUUUAAAAUCUGUUGUAAUAUAAAUAAAUCAGUUUUUAAUGCAGCAUUUUGAAGUAAUUCGCCACCAAAAUUGCCAAGAAGUUUGUAAGGUGUACCCCAUCUAAUUGACCCAUGUCAAAUUCAGCACAUUAAAUGACCAUUUCCCAGAAAAUGGGUCAAAGUGUUUUGGUUUAAACCUGGUCAUUAUAUGGAAGGAAAACGGCAGCAUUUCACAAUAACUGGCUGUUUCCAGAUCAGUUCAUGAGGAUAAUUGGCACCCCAUGUAAUUGAGUCAAGUUAAACACACACUAACAUUUUCCAAGAAGAAAAUCAAAAACGCAGUAAAUUAAGUGCGCAAAUCAAAUUUGGAGUCAUUGUAUUGAAAUUUGUAGCCAUAGUUAGAAAAAUUAGAUUUUUCCCGUAAUUUGAUUCUUGAGUCAAAUGCAGUGGAACACAAUACCAACAUCAGGGACUAACGUUACUGCAUUGGUUUAAAAAUAAUAAAGUUAUGCAGUUAAAGAUUCCGGCUCUUGUAUCAUAUCGAUGAUGUCGGAGCAAAACCUUGUAUCUCCAAAAUGGCAACAUUACAGGAGAAGAACAAAACAUGCAUUACUUUCUAUGUAAAUCAAUGGAACCAGAGUCCCCCCCCCCCCAAAGUAUUUUUUUUACCCAUUUAUUUUGGUCCAUUCUUCAUGAAAUUUACACGCCAUAUAAAGGCCCACGUGGUUUUGUUCCGACAACAGCGAAAUCCAGAAAUACAAGGGUAAUCGGAGUUCAGCAGGGAUUUGGAAGCCUUAGAAUUGGCCGGUCACCGUGAAAUUUCAUAUGCAUGUGUGAAAUUUUUCGUGGCCCCCCCCCCCCCCCCCCGCAUGCUUUACUGGUGUAUAUACCUGAGGGGCCCAGUGUCGGGCCUGCUUGCGAAAGACGGCUUGAAACCACGUCAAGAGGAGGAGCCAAACCAGAAGUCCACGCAUAAGUUAGUAACUUUUUUUUUUUUUUCUUUUUUUUUUUCCCCCCCAAUCCAGAUAUUUUUUCAUGACGGUAAGCAUGUAAAGCUGCACAGAUAAUGUGCUGACACAUUUUGACUUUAACUGAAUUCCCUUUUUCCUGCAAAAAAAGUCGUAAUGGUAGUCGAGUUGUUUUUCAUGCUUGGUUAUAUUUUAAGGUGCAAUUUCAAAGUUAUUGACAACUUUUUAACACCUGGAAAUUCAGCUUACAGUGUUGCCAAAUCUGUUCUAAUUCACUUUGUUCAUUUUUCAAGGUAUUAUUUUAACAUGCUUUGUCAUAUUUGUAUACUACAGGUAACAGAGAUCCAUGUAAGAACAUCAGUACUUAAAGUUUAAGUACUUCUUUCCAUUUCAAAGCCAGCAGCGAAGGGGAGUUUGCUGAAUUCAACAGCAUUUUAUUAUAAAUGUGCAUUUUACUAUUUUGUUUGACAUUUGUACUUUUUUUAUGUUGUUGGUGUAUAUAUUUUAUUUAAAGCUGUAUUUUAACCUGAUUUUGU